UGCUUGGACGGACGAGCCGCCGCAGGUGAGUCAAAAUCGCCGAGGGAUAAACAAGGACGUACAGCUGGUUUGAAAGAAUCCUAAACUGGCUUACAAGCUCAUCUAGCAGGCUCCAGGCCUCUCCCAUAACAAUGGCCAACGAGCCCGACUCUGUCGAUCCUAGCCACGCUCUGUUUGAACGCUUUGUCCAGGCGCAGACAUGUAAAGAGACACAGCAGAACUUCAAUGAACUCUGCCGCCACCUGGAGGUCGAGCCCAGGGACUACAAGCACUUCUACAGCAAGCUGAAGGACAGACUCAACUACUGGAAAGCCAAAGACCUCUGGCAGAAGAUCGACAAGAGAGCCGCCCAUCUGGACUAUGAACAGGGCCAGGCGUGUCACCAAAACAAGUGUUUAGUGCUGGGUGCGGGUCCAUGUGGUCUCAGGACAGCGAUCGAAUUGGCUCUGCUAGGUGCUCGGGUAGUUGUACUGGAAAAAAGAGCGUCCUUCACCAGGAAUAACAUCCUGCAUCUGUGGCUGUACACCAUUCGAGACCUUCUCAACCUUGGUGCAAAGAAAUUCUAUGGCAGAUUCUGCAGUGGAUCCAUUCAUCACAUAAGUAUCCGUCAGCUGCAGUUGAUUCUGUUGAAACUGGCCCUGAUUUUGGGGGUCGAGGUGCACACAGGUGUGACCUUUGAAGGUCUGCGGGAACCAUCAGGAUCCACAGGAUGGAGGGCACAGGUGUCUCCUGCGUCCCACACAGCUGCUGCUUUUGAGUUUGAUGUUUUUAUUUCAGCUGGAGGGGGAAGAUAUGUGCCGGAUGGUUUUAAGAUAAAGGAGCUCAGGGGAAAGUUAGCCAUCGGUAUCACUGCAAACUUUGUAAACCGCCACACUAAACAAGAGGCUCAGGUGCAGGAGAUCAGCGGUGUGGCCCGAAUAUACAACCAGAAAUUCUUCCAGGCGCUCCAGACUGAGAUCGGCGUUGAUCUAGAGAACAUUGUCUACUACAAAGAUGAUACUCACUAUUUUGUGAUGACUGCAAAAAAGGGAAGCUUGUUAAAAAAAGGAGUUAUAAAGCAGGACUUUUCUGAUGUCAAUCAGCUGCUCGCACCUGCAAACGUCAACCAGGAGGCCCUGCAGAAGUACGCAUAUGACGCCGCUGACUUCUCCACAGAUCACAUGCUGCCAGACCUGGAGUUCGCCAAGAACCACGCGGGCCAUCCGGAUGUGGCCAUGUUUGACUUCACCUGCAUGCACAGGGCAGAGAACGCCUCUCUGGUGAAGGAGAGGAAGGGGAAGAGACUGCUCAUCGCGCUGGUGGGAGACUCUCUAGUAGAGCCGUUUUGGCCUCUGGGUACGGGCAUUGCUCGUGGUUUCCUGGCUGCAUUUGACACGGCGUGGAUGGUCAGGAGUUGGGGAAAAGGUGUGCCACCCCUGGAGGUGUUGGCGGGGAGGGAGAGCGUGUAUCAGUUACUCUCUCAAACGACUCCAGAAAACACCAGCAAGAACUACGCCGCCUACAGCAUCGAUCCAUCCACACGUUACCCGAAUGCCAACCUGUCCUUGAUGAAACCCAUGCAGAUCAAGCGUCUAUAUGACAUAGAGGAUGGUAAAGCCAACAAACCGACGAAACCCAUCAUAAAAACUAAACCUAAAAAAGACUCUAUCAGGCGUCUGGAGGAUCUGCUGUCCUGGUGUCAGAAGAACACAGCGGGGUACAAACAUGUGAAGGUGAAAGACCUGAGCGAGUCCUGGAGGUCCGGGAUGGCCCUCUGCGCUCUCAUCCACAACUUCAGACCUGAACUCAUUGACAUGUCUUGUCUAGAUGAAUAUAACAUCACCGGGAACAAUAAGUUGGCCUUUGACCUGAUGGAGAGAGAGUUUGGGAUCACUCCGGUAAUGCGUGCCAGUGAAAUGACCACCUGCGGGAAAAUCGACCAGCUGUCUAUGGUUGUCUACCUCACACAGAUACGCAACGCUCUCACAGAGAAACAUACACCAGCAGAGCCCAACAACAAGAGCCUCUCACUGUCCAGAACCCGCUCGGCCGUUUUCUUCCUCAACACACUCAAGCGCAACUCCAUCCAAAGACGCAAGGAUCGACUGGCAUCAGAGAAAGGAUCAAGACAGCAAAAGAUGAAGGAGAAAGAGGAGGAGAAGAAUGCGAAAGAGGAAAAACCUGCAGCGCCUGUGGUGCCUGUGGUGCCCAUGGCCUCAUCAGAGGCGGGCAGCAGUGAGCUCUGUUAUUUCUGCAACAAGCAUCUAUACGUGCUGGAGAGAGGAAGCGCUGAGGGCAAGUUCUUCCAUCGCAGUUGUUUCAAUUGUUAUCAGUGCGGCUCCACUCUACGGCAGGGCGGAUACACUUUCCACUCCGACACGGGGAGAUUCUACUGUGAGCUGCACUCAGUGGCUGAGGAAGAGGAGGGUGAUGAAGGUCACAGAGGCUCACAGAAUCAAAUCGAAAAUAGCCUUAAUGAGGAGGAUGAUAAGGAGAAAAAUGGUGAAACAGUGGAAAUUUCAUCCCCACCUCCACACGUCUCUGUAAGACGGAAGGGCUCAUACAAGAUCUCCGUUGACCCUGACUUUGAAGAAUCGAAUGAGUGUCUCACUCCCACAGAGCAAGAAGACCAACCGCCAUCAGAGCUCUAUCCAGAGAGCACAGGCAUCGAGAACCAACAAAAUAACAGCAGUCCGUCCGUUCCAGUGCCGGCCCCUCGACCGUCCAGAGCUCCGCUCCCAAAACCUCGCACUGUCCAUAACGUGGUGCCUCAAGCCUCAAAUACCCCCGAGGAACCAGAGCAGAACCAAGAGGAAACUCCGGAAUCCAAAUCCAAACCGUCGCUGCGUAAGCUUCAGCUGAGCCAAGAGGAGAAGGCCGACCGGCUCAGCCAGGAUUCAGACUCGGAGACGCCCGCCUCGUCUUCUGCCGCCUCCACCUCCUCUUCCUCCAAGCAGCAGGAAGGAGGCGAGGAGGAGGGCUACUGGAGCGGAGGCACCGCGACCGGGAUGAGCUUGCGGGACCAGCGCAACCGGCGCUGCAUGAGAAGGAAGAAUGAACCGCCACCUUCUGCACACUCGCAACACGGAAAGAUGCGCUCCAAGUUUUCCCCAUGGAAUCUCUCUUCACCUCGACUACAGCAGCGCUUCAGCGUCCUCAGAGUCGCACCUUCAGGACAAGCUCAGCCAGACCAUUAUGUAUCAGAAGACGAUAAUGAAGAAGGUGUUGACGAUGAUGAAGAGGAGAAUGAAGAGGAUCUUCAAGGAGAAGACCAUUAUUUGGAUUGCAAGGGGGCUGAUUUUGAGAUUUCUGAGUCAGAGAAACACGACCUAAAGAGGAUGAAAACUCUGGAGCGUCAAGCAAGGAUGAGUGAAAUCCAGCGCUUCCACAAAGCUCAGACGAUUCAGAGAAGGCUGGAAGAGAUAGAAGUGACCUUUAAAGAGCUGGAGUUGAAAGGAGUGGAGCUGGAGAGAGCUUUGAGAGGAGAGGCUGGUUCAGACCCUGAAACGAUUGAUCACUGGAUUGAUCUGGUCCAGGAGAAGAACAAUCUGCUCUCAGAGGAGUCGGAUCUCAUGGUUGCGUCUAGACAGCUGGAGCUGGAAGACAAACAGAGCAUGUUAGAGAUGGAGCUACGGAGAUACAUGGAAAUGGAUGACUCUGAGAAAAUCCCUGAGCAGCGAGAACAUGAGAAUCAGGUCCUGCAGGAGAUGCUGGACGUGGUGGACAUGAGGGAUUCACUGGUUGCCUUCCUGGAGGAGAAGAGGUUGAAGGAAGUCAACGAUGAACUGCUGGGGAACUCAGUACUGGAGGCCAAGAGACAUUCAACCGCAGCAUCCCAGGUGCUCUGGGACUGAGACGAACAAACACACACUUUUUUGAAUGCCACAACACCUUAAUAGAGUAGUUCCCCAUUAAGCUCAUCAUUUACUCAUCCUCAUGCCUUUACAAACCUUCCAUGACUCGUUAUCUUUUGUGGAAAACAAAAGGAAAAAGUUGCAUGAUGUUCUCUUUUCCAUACAAUAAAACUGAAAGGUCAAAAGAUCAGCAAGGAGGACAAAAAGCAGCAUUAAAUCCUUGAAUAAAGUCCUUGAAGCCACGUGAUUGAUGUGAAGUUUUAUUAGGCUUUCAUAUAAAAGUUGUUUUUCUGUCUCAAAUCGCAGCUUUGUUUAGUUUGAGUAAUGCCAAAAAAAUCAACGCUUCUCAUGUGCCUCAUAACCAGUUUUGCAGUGCUUAAAAUUUUCAGUGAAUCAUGACUUGGUGUCAUUUUUGAGCCUCAACAGCUCACUAUUUACUUUUAUAGCAUAGAUGGAAAAUAGAAAGAAAGUCAAAAUGCACUCAAUGAAAAAAAGAAUGUCAUACAGGUUUGCAUUGACAAAAGGGUGAAUAAAUAUUAAUUUCUGGGUGAACUGUCUCUUUAAAGACUCACUUAUAUCACACAAUAUAAACAAACCCAAUGACUUGCAGGCACAAAUGCAUACAUUGCACAUCUUUGUGCAGAGACCCUGCUCUUGAAAACCAAAGAGUUCAACGCAUCUGCACACACAGAUUUAUGACACUGAAGAUUUGGAAACUAGUGCCGGCCGCUACGGUCUCGCUCCAACAUAAACGUGCUUUUAAAUGGAUACAGAAACUCUGGAGACUGUAGAAAAUGUUGUGGAACUGCAGAUCCGUCCCAGUCUUCACUGCCCAGACACGGCCUUUGACUCGCUUCAAACUCUCACGCUCAAACACACGGACUUCACUGGGGCAGAUGUUUGUGCACACGUGUGCGAUUGUAUUGCAUCUCGCACUUUUAGAAGAGUCUAUCACGGUCAUGUAUGUUCUAGCUAUCAAAAUGAUUAAAGCUUAUUUCUGACACACAAUUAAAAAAAUUAAAAAGCUUAUUGUGAGUUUAACUCACAAUUCUGAUUUUUGCAAGUGCAAGAUAAACAUUCAGAAUUACCAGAUAUAGAGCCCGAAUUGCAAGAUGUAGUUGGGAAAAAACAAACCAAAAAAAAAAUAAUUGUGAGAUGCAAACUCGGAAUUCUGAGUGAGAAAAAAGGUCAGGCUUGGAAAAUUAAAUGCGACUUUAUCUCACAAUUCUGAACGUUUUCUUGUGAAA